GUUUGAGGCGACCCGGUGACAUGCUGCUCGUUGCCCUUAAGAGUGCCUGCCUGGGCCCGGGCGGUGGCCAGAAGGGCCCCCCUUUUGGUAGUCGGGAGGGGAGUGAAAAUAGCAGCGACUCUUUUGGUAAUGAACGCUGUGUCUGCGUUUGAAGGCAUGUGGGCGUGGCUUUGUCGAAAAGUAGUUCCUUCACCACGAUUGGUCCAUAAGAGGGGCACCCCCAGCCGAGCCCACAAUCGAUGCUAUAUAGCCUCUCCUGAGGCUCAAAGAAAACAGUCGUGUUAUCACACUGUCAAAGGAUUCUACUCACCCACUGGAAAAAGCCCACAGUAACAUGAAGAAGCAGGGACCACUCCACGUUGCCACCCCCCUGAGAGAGAGCCUGGCCCUGACCAAGGUGGCGGGGACCUCCGUGUACAUCAAGCUGGACUCCUCCCAGCCCACCGGCUCCUUCAAGAUCAGGGGCAUCGGCCACCUGUGUAAAACAUGGUCUGAGCGAGGCUGUGAGCGCUUCGUCUGCUGUUCAGGGGGUAAUGCCGGCAUGGCCGCUGCCUACUCGGCCCGCCACCUGAGCAUCCCGGCGACCAUCGUGGUCCCCAGCGUGACCCCCCCGUCCACGGUACAGAGACUCAAAGACGAGGGCGCUGACGUCAUCAUCCACGGCAAGGCACUGAACGAAAGCAUCUUGUACGGAGAAGAGCUGGUGGCCAACAACCCUGGCUGGGUGUUCAUCUCCCCGUUUGACGACCCUCUCAUCUGGGAGGGACACAGCUCGCUGGUCAGAGAGCUGGAGGAGGACCUGAAGGAGAAGCCCGGGGCGGUCGUGCUGUCGGUGGGGGGCGGCGGCCUCAUGAACGGCGUGGUGGAGGGCCUGCGUCGCGCCGGCUGGGCCGACGUGCCCGUGGUCGCCAUGGAAACGCACGGCGCGCACAGCUUCAACGCGGCCGUGAAGGCGGGCCGGCUGGUCACCCUGCCCGAGAUCACCAGCAUCGCCACCACGCUGGGCCUGGCCACGGUGUCGGCGCAGUCCCUGAAGCUGAGCGGCGAGCACCCCGUGUUCUCCGAGGUGGUCACGGACCAGGACGCCGUCAGGGCCGUGGAGCGCUUCCUCGAUGAUGAGAAGAUCCUGGUGGAGCCGGCCUGCGGUGCUGCCCUGGCGGCUGUGUACUGUGGGAUCAUCGAGAGGCUGCAAGGGGAGGGAAAGCUGAAGCAGGCUCUGGGCCCGGUGGUGGUGGUGGUGGUGUGCGGGGGCAACAACAUCAGCAUGGAGCAACUGAUGGGCUUCAAGAAGAAGCUUGGCAUGCUCGAGCCAUAAUUCUUCAUCAUCACCAUCAGAGGGCCAUGUGGCCAUGCGCUUCAACUAGACGUAAA